CCUCCUCCUCUUACCCACCUACCUCCCUGCAACACAGCCAGAUCUGAGGACAUGCCUCACUCACUCUUGCUGCACAGGUCUUAAGCGAGAGCACACAGGCACAGGCAGAAUUAAACAUCAAAGUGAUAGAAAAGAACAGCAGCAGUGGGAAAGUGGACAGGAGGCUGGAAGAAGUACAUGCAGUUGGGCUUUUUUUUUUUUCUAAAGAAAGUCUGACAGUGCAGAGGUGAGGCAGGAGCAAGAGGCUGCCAGGAGUGGGACUACCCAGCUGUGGGAGGUUCCUCCAGAGAGGGUGCAGAGAUCUUUUGGCCUUCACUGGGAGUCUGAGCCCCAGGAUCCAGAAAUAUGGAGCCCUCCAUGUCAACCGAGGUCGAGGAAGAGCACAAGGAGAGGAAAAAGAUCCAGUUUGCCGUGCCAGCCUCCGCUCCCACCAACCUGGACCCUCGGCAAGUGGAGAUGAUCAGACGCAGGAGGCCCACACCUGCCACACUCUUCAGAGUAGCCGACCAAUCUCCUGAGGACGACCAGUCCACUCAUCAGGUAAAGUGGGUCGUGGGGGAAAACGGCGUGCUUAAACCAAAACGUGUGAAUCAAAAUGUGUAUCAGCCUCCGACGCUCAAAGCUGUGCAGAAGAUGGCUGAAGCCCAAAUGCAGAAACUAGGUGUCUAUCCUUUGGAAGACCCUUGUGAAGGGGACGAGGAUGAGGACCACUGGGAGGGAGAGGAGGGAGACGAGGCAUCUCCCGCCAAAGCUGCUGAUCAUCAAGACACAGCAACUACUGAACGGUUUUCCAGUGUGAAAGAGAUGACCAAGGAGAAAGAAACACCACAGGAGGAAGAUGAAGUGGAGGAGGAUGUAGAAAAGGAUGACAAGAUUGAGAACAGUCGGGGGUGUAACUGAGGGGAGAGUGGAGGACAUAUUUUAGAGAGACGAUUUGGGGAAAGAAUUGGUGUUGUCAAAUGGUUUAUAAUCUGAUGAACUUGUAGAAAUGAAGAAGUGGUUAAAUUUGUGGAGGCUCACUUGUUGGUGAGAUGUGAGAAUGAUAGAAAAUUCCAUGUGCGUGUGAGUAAGUAAAGUUUUUAUACUAUUCACCCUCUAUAGGGUCUGCUGGAUUCAAAGUGAAAAAUCUUAUGAGGAGGUGAGGAAUGAUCUACUGAGAGAGCAUUGCGCUGGCGCCACUUUGGCCCUACUGAUCCGUUUUUAUAGUGAGCGUGAAUGGGCCAAGGUCAGUGUGACCAAAAGCUCUGCAAGUGGAAGUCCUCCCUUCACUGUCAAUGCUUCAGCUCAGAGCUAAACAUUAUUUUAAAGAGGCUAAAAGGUUGAAAAGAUAAUACAACAUCUUGGGUAUAAUUUAAGACUCAAAACAGCUCUUUUAUGACCAUCUGUGAAAGCACUUGGAGGUCUUUAAACAUGACGUGUUCUGCUUCAUUUUGAAAUCAAGGCUUGCAUUAUUUGAAUCAGCCCUCAACGUGUGCUGCCAUCUUGUGGUGAACAAAAGCUUGACAGGGUUAUGAAGUCCAACCUGCAGCUCGCUUUUUUCUAAUUUACUUAUAAUCAAUGAUGUAAUAAUCAAUUAUGUAUUGAUUUUGUCUCUUACAUUUAACUUUAGACCUUUCAUUGCUUUGCCUAUAAUAAUAUCUAUAUGAAAUAUUUCAAGAUAAUACCAAGUCCUCAUGAAGGGAAAGCAGAUUACUUUUAUUAUUUCUGAGAUAAAUUCUUUAUUUUUAAUUCAACCAAAUCAUUCUCAAAAAUCUAAAGCAUGCUUUUCUCUUAAAGGUAUCCAUUCAGUGAGUGUAUGUGUUUUGUUUUCUUCAUUUCUUUCACUUUGUAGUAUUUGGCAUUUAAACUUAAAGGGCAAUUCUACCUCUAAUUUUAAAAAAAAUGAAAAAAAGAAACAUUUACUGUCUCCCUAUUUUAGUUCAAGUAAAAUUUCUUAUUGUUUAUUGAAAUAAAAUUAAGAUCUCAUACAGGUUUUUGUAUAUUAACUCUUUUAUAAUGUUAUAUUUUGAACUGCUCCCACAUAAUUUUAUGCUGUAAGAGCUAUUUUUCUAGUCUGAAGUGGAGUUUAUGAGCUCAGCUGCCUGUUUUUAAGCAUGUGACAUGCAGCACUUUUUUGUAAAUCCGUCAAAUGUGCUCUGUAGACAAAUGUUACGUUAGUAUUUUACAGUAGAUAAAACCAUAUUUUUAUUGAACUAAAUGUGAAAUAAAUAAAGUCACAUUCAGUCUAAUUCAAAUUCUUUUUAACCGGUGGUAGUAAUGCAUGGGAAGGUUUCCAAAUGUACCAUGGAAUGAUUGCAUUGUGCUGUUUGUUCCCUCUGGGCUGCUGUUUGUACAAAAAACUGAAUCGUUUUUUUAACCUUUAACCAAACUGACUGGAUGACCAGUAGGUUGUGUGUGCAGUCAUCUCUUCGCUUUCUGUGACCCCCCUACUUUUCUUGGCCCACUUUAAAGAAAAGACAGAUAUUGUAUGAAUAUGUUUUUACUUAUUUUCUCCUCAUUUCUCUUUUGUUUUCCACUCUUGUUUCAUAAUGUGAUGUGGUUGUCUUAAAGUGAGCAACUCUAUGGUAUCAAAAAUAAAGACGUUUUUUCUCAUACUUCA